GGGCGGCGGGGUAUCGAUCGUCGCUCCCUACGCGGCGCGGAGGCGGCGGGGUGCGGUGAGGGGAGGCGAGGCGAGGCGGCGGGCGCCCGUGCGCCUCGCCUCUCCUCUCCUGCUCUGCUCUCGCGUCUCGGCGCCUCUCCCCGCCACCCCGUCCCUCUGCCUCCAUGACCCGCAGUAGGAAGCAGGCGGCGCUGGAGAGAGGAGCCGGGAAGAUGAACCAAGAGGCGGGGAGCGCCGCGGCAGCGGCCGCGGGCGCCCGGGCGGCGGCGACGGCGGCGGGGGCAGCCGGCGACGGAGCGGCGGCCGCCGCCUGGGGGCUGGAAGGGGAGGCGGAGAAAGUUGUGUACUCGCGCUCGCAGGUCUCCUUCGCGGGCACCAAGGCGCUGGGCGACGCCCUCAAGCUCUUCAUGCCCAAGUCCACGGAGUUCAUGAGCUCCGACUCGGAGCUGUGGAACUUCCUCUGCAGUCUCAAGCACGAGUUCUCCCCGGUCAUCCUUCGCAGCAAGGACGUCUACGGAUACGCCUCCUGCCGCGCCGUCGUCCCCGACCCGCCGCCGCCCUCGGCGGAGCGGCCCCGCCGCCGCGCCGGCAAGCGGCGCCUCCCGCCCGCCGACGCCAAGCGCCGGGCCGCGGCUGCGGGUGGCAGCGGCAAGCGGCGGAGGCGGCGGCGGCGCCGCCGCAGGAGGGGCCGGGAGAGGCAGCGGCAAGCGGCCGCGGCACCGGCGGCCGACGGCCCCCGCGGCGGGGGGGAGGCGGCGGCGGCGUUGGCGUUGGAGCCGCCGGGCGAGGAGGCGGACAGCGAGCGGGGCAGCCCGGCGGAGGGGGCCGCCUGGGAGCCCUUCGGCGGCAAGUCGCUGGAGGAGAUCUGGAAGGCGGCCACCCCCCGCCUCACCACCUUCCCCACCAUCCGGGUGCGGGGCAGCGUCUGGAGCCGGCGGAGCCUGGCGGCGGCGCGGCGCCGGGCGCAGCAGAUCCUCGGCGUGGACCUGUCUCCCGUGGUGCGGGUGCGCCGCUUCCCCGUGGCGCCGUCCUGAGGCCGCGGGGGGCCCCUCUCCCCGCGGCGGGAGCGGGGAAGGCCGGCGCCUCGUCUUCGCCGCGGCGCGGACAAAGAGACCGAUAUCAGUCACCUGUUUACAUUGCUUUUGUCUGGAUCGUGUUCUGCUGCUGCACUUUAUGGCUCGCUCGGGCGGGGGCCGGGCCCCCCAGCCGCACGGGGGGGCGGCCUGCCGGGCCGCCGCGCAGCCGGGGCCCCGGGCUGGGCCGCGUCGCGUCCCGUCCCGUCCCGUCCCGUCCCGUCCCCGCCGGGGCGCGGCGAGGCGCGAGGGGCCGUCUGGCAGGUAUCACGCGUGGGGACCAAGUUCCACUUUUUUCUCUCCCAUUGGGCUACCUCACUGGUCCAGAAGUCCACCCGAGAAGUUAUUUUCCAAAGGAACUUACUUUCAUGCUUGUAUAAUAAAGCACCAUCUGAUUCUUGCUAUUUUUUUUUUCUUCCCUCCCCCCUUUUCUGAUGGAUUAUGUAUGCGUUGUGGUGUUGCACUAGUAUGUGCUCAGGGUAUUUUGAAUCCCAAGCAUUCCCAAGCUUCAGUUUACUCUGAUCAAGGAUGCGUAAAGAAUGGAGGUUCAGGACUUGUGGCUGUUCUAGAUGGUGCAAAAACUUUUUUUUUUUUUUUAAAUUUCAUGGGCUUAGUGAUAUAUAAAAAUGUAUCGCGCAGUAUAAUUGUUACACUUUUGUAUCUAAAGUCAUUUUUAAAGUUUUCUAGUUGAACUAAUGUUUGUUUCUAUUGAGCACCUAAAGAUAGAAUCAUCCUGAUAUUUUAUAACCCUGUUUACUUUAGGGAAGCUCAUUUGGUCAACCUAAGUGAACUUAAUAAAAGUCAAAGAACAA